AUGUCUGUUCAAAAUGCUAUGAAUUUGACUUCAAGUACAAAGGCACUUCUGCAAGAAUUGAGGGAUCAUGGUUGGGAUGAGUUUUUGCUAAAUGUCUAUAAAUUUGGAGAAAAUCAUGAUCUUGAAAUGCCUAAAAUGGAUGCAUCCUACUCAAUGGGGACUGGUCGUGGUUGUCAACAACAUGAUUUUGUCACAAAUGAACAUCAUUAUCAUUUUAGCAUGUUUAAUGUGAUUAUUGAUGUCCAAAUGACAGAGCUAAAUGACAGAUUCACGGAGCAAAGUAUAGAACUGCUUGUUUUGAGUGCUGCAUUGGAUCCUAAAGAUCACUUUAAAAGGUUUGACAUCAACAAGAUUUGUGAACUUGCAGAAAAGUUCUAUCCAGGAGACUUUGAUGCAUCAGAGGUACGUGCUUUAAGACUACAAUUAGAACAUUAUAGAUGUCAAGUAGUUUCCCAUAAAGAUUUUCAAGAUUUGUCUUCUCUUGCACAAUUGUGUAGACAAUUAGUUGAAACAGGCUUAGCUAAACUUUUCCCCCUAGUUGAUAUAUUGAUUCGUUUGGUCUUGACACUUCCUGUUUCCACUGCCACUACUGAACGUGCAUUCUCGGCAAUGAAAAUUAUAAAAACUCGGCUUAGAAACAAGAUGGAAGACGGAUAUCUUUCAGGUUGUAUGAUGCUUCACAUUGAAAAAGAAUAUGUUGAUGCUGUUGAUUCAGAGGAUGUAAUUGAUCAUUUCGAGUCUAUUGGAGAUCGUAGAGCUCAAUUUAGAUAA